AUGGCCGCCACAUCUUCUCUUACCUCUUUUAGCUCUUCCACAUCUCCUUUCAUUGGCUCAAAAAUUUCCACCAGUCUGCCUUGUUCAGCACCGCCGUCUCGUGUCAGCUUCCGCCCUUGUCGAGUAUCCGCUGCCUGUGCUUCCACCGCCGAGAGACCCACAUCAUACAUCGCUACACCAACAUCAGCAUCAUCUCUCUACGAAGUUCUUGGGGUUCAAAUGGGUGCCACGUGUCAAGAGAUCAAAGCUGCUUAUCGAAAACUGGCAAGAAUUUUGCAUCCCGAUGUUGCAGCUAACGGUCAAAGGAAGGACACAGCUUAUGAGUUCAUAAGACUCCACGAAGCUUAUGAAACUCUGUCUGAUCCUGCAAAACGGGCAGAUUACGAUCGCACCCUUUAUAGACGAGGAAGACAAAUGAGCUCUCCGUUUUCAAUGUCUGCUGCUACUGCAACAACAAUGGCAGCAGGUUAUGCUGCUGGUGGAUUUUCUGGGUAUACAAGGCAGAGAUGGGAAACUGAUCAGUGCUGUAUUGACCCCCAAAUCCUCACAUCUUGGGGAUCGAUUGCUGUUGUAAAUAGUUAA